AUGAGGGAGCAGAUAUGAUGUUAACAACUGCUUUCUGUCUGCUCAGCCUUCCGGAACGGUAUCGAAGACGAACGAACACUGGAAAUGCGGAAUGCUGGCUUGAAACGGACGGAAGUGGAAAGCACUGCAUAUGCAGGGAAAAUUUUUGCAAUAAGCUUCGGGAUAGGCGGCUAUUUUCAGAAGGUUGAUU